GGCACUGCAAGCAGCCAAUCCACUGACAGCGCUGUCGGCUCCGAAGGCUUCCGCAAACUAAGCCAAGCUGCGUUUCGAGCUGACCACUCUCAGUCGGUCUUGAGGAGACGCCGUGACUACCGAGCUGGUCUUCCUCUGAGUCGGCAGCCGGGAUUGGGGGCGAGCAAACAUGAAUGUUGGAGUUGCCCACAGCGAGGUGAAUCCAAAUACCCGGGUAAUGAACAGCCGGGGUAUGUGGCUGACAUAUGCACUGGGAGUUGGCUUGCUUCAUAUUGUCUUACUCAGUAUUCCCUUCUUCAGUGUUCCUGUUGCUUGGACCUUAACAAAUGUUAUACAUAAUCUGGGGAUGUAUGUGUUUUUGCAUGCUGUAAAAGGAACACCUUUUGAGACUCCUGAUCAGGGAAAAGCAAGGCUCCUAACUCAUUGGGAACAACUGGACUAUGGAGUGCAGUUUACAUCCUCACGGAAGUUUUUCACAAUUUCUCCAAUAAUUUUAUAUUUUCUGGCAAGUUUCUAUACGAAGUAUGAUCCAACUCACUUCAUCCUAAACACAGCUUCUCUCCUGAGUGUGCUAAUCCCCAAAAUGCCACAGCUACAUGGUGUUCGGAUCUUUGGAAUUAACAAGUAUUGAAAGGUUUUGAAACUGAAGAAAAACUUUUACAGCUACUGAGUUGCCUGUAAUGAAGGAGUGGUUAGUAAACUGCACUGUUUCUAUGAUGGUUUGAAAUGAGAGGUAUUUACAGUGGAGAGCCUAUUGUUGUUUCUUCAUAAGCUGUUUUGAAGUGCAGAUUUUUACUAGAGGAUGCCUGUGUUUAAUGCAUCUGGUAUAAUUCUGAUGAGAGUCUUUAUAGGCAGACUGUGAAGGCUCAGCUUAUAAGUUAAAUGGCUAUAAAAUGAGGGUGAAGUAGAUAAAUCCAAGAAAAUAGGAGAUUUAUAAGAAAUUAAGACCAGCUUAGCUUAUAAUGAAUGGGCAUUAUGUUCAGAGAAGAAACUUUCCAAUCACUCAGUCAUGUUAGUUUAAGCUGACUUAUAUGUAAAUUGAAAUCAUCUCUUUACAAGUUUAUUGUAGAUCACUUUUAUUACAUACGUAUUCCUCUUGUGUUAUAUAAGAGGAUAUAGGUACCCUCUUGUUUUAUACAAACCAAUUUCUACCUUAUGAGUGUACUUUGUUUUGUUGAUUCAACAUUGUGUGUUGAUGGAUAAGAUCAUUUUUACAUUUAUAAAGUUACUGAGUUUAUGAAGGUCCACUUUCAUGACUGCUUGGUGAUAGAAGAUAACUAGGCAUCUUACAAACAGCCUCUGAGUCAGCCUUCUAAUUUUGAAACAAAGUGGGUUUUACUGCCUUUUCAGACACAAGGCUGCUAACCAUUUCAGAAAAUAAUUUAUUUCACACAGUUAAAGUAUAUGGUAAUUUAAAAGUCUCUGCUUUUUUGAUUGAGCAAUCUAAUUAUUAAAGUCUACCAUUCUUUAGAAAAGUAAAUAUAAAAUGGACAACUAUAUAGGCAACCUGUGGUCUGGCAGCAACUGCUUCUCUAGCAAUAGUACCAAAGUAAAUAAUGGAGGCAUUUUUUAGCAGACCUGCAGUAAAAGAUAACAGCAUCUUUUCUUAGCCUUCCUGCUCUCAAUCUUCAUACUUCAUCCAAUAGCAUUUUGACUUUCAAUACAUGAGUCUUUGUGUAGAUAAUCCAACUAUUUCCAAAGCAGCAACCAUACUGAAUUCUUGUGACUUAGAGAAACUUCCUGUAGUUGCUGCAGUUAAUUACAAGAAAUAAAUAUAUAUACAAUUUCGAGAAGUAAAUACAUCCAAAAACCAAAAUUCUGAUCUUUGGGGUAAAACUGAAAAAACCCAGUAACAUUUGUAAACCAAAUUGAGUGAAAAGAGUUAUAGACCAGUUUAUUAAAACAAUAAACUGACUUUUGUGGGUAAUGAUCAUUGUUUUGUAUUUCAAGAGUAUUGACUUUAGAAAUCAGUUGUAUGAUAAUUUCUGUGUAUUUUUGUCUUUUCCCAUGUAUUUUUAAAUAACCAGUAAUCUAUACUUCAAUAAAAUUUCUUUUGGUGUAGGAUUAUUGCAAAGUCUUUCCAAAUUUGGUCAUCAAUGUUGCACUUUUAGUUUUCAAGAGUUUUUUUUUAAGCAACAGAAUUUGUGAAAAAUUAAGGUAGUUAAAAA